UGCCCGGAGAGUUGUCCAGGUUUCUGGUCGUGGAGGAUCCGAGCGAGGAGCGAGGGCGGAGACGCUUCUACGAUGCCGAACAAAACCAAGAAGGACAAGGAGACCCCUAAAUCUACCAAAGUGGGCAAGAGUGGAGGACAGGAGAAUUCCGAGCAUGAGAGCUCGAACAGGAAGGCUAGCAAUAGCGUUCCUCCCACCACUCAGCUGCUAAAGGGGAAACAGCCAGGUUCCCAGACGCCUGUCAAAAAGGACAAAAGGCAGAGCUCCUCUCGCUUCAGCUUGAGCAACAACAGAGAGCUGCAGAAACUGCCAGCUUUCAAAGACGUUCCACCUGCAGAGCAGGAGAAGCUCUUCAUCCAGAAGUUGCGGCAGUGCUGCGUCCUCUUCGAUUUUGUCUCCGACCCACUGAGCGACUUGAAAUGGAAGGAGGUGAAACGGGCAGCGCUCAGCGAGAUGGUGGAGUACAUCACCCACAACAGAAACGUAAUCACCGAACCCAUCUACCCGGAGGUGGUUCAUGUGUUUUCUGUGAACAUGUUUCGAACGCUGCCACCGUCAUCCAACCCCACGGGGGCUGAGUUUGACCCAGAGGAGGAUGAGCCGACGUUAGAGGCCGCAUGGCCACAUCUACAGCUCGUCUAUGAAUUCAUCCUACGUUUCUUAGAGUCACCUGACUUUCAACCAAACAUAGCCAAAAAGUAUAUUGACCAGAAGUUUGUAAUGCAGCUCUUAGAUCUGUUUGACAGUGAAGACCCAAGGGAAAGAGAUUUUUUAAAGACCACUCUUCAUCGCAUCUAUGGCAAGUUCCUGGGCCUGCGAGCGUACAUUAGGAAACAGAUAAAUAACAUAUUUUAUAGUUUCAUUUAUGAGACUGAACAUCAUAAUGGAAUAGCAGAAUUACUGGAAAUAUUAGGCAGCAUAAUCAAUGGAUUUGCAUUACCAUUGAAAGAAGAGCACAAGAUAUUCCUCCUGAAAGUUCUGCUGCCUUUACACAAAGUCAAGUCACUUAGUGUAUAUCACCCACAGCUGGCCUACUGUGUAGUACAGUUCCUAGAAAAGGACAGCACCCUCACAGAACCGACAGUGAUGGCUUUGUUGAAGUACUGGCCAAAGACCCACAGUCCAAAAGAGGUCAUGUUCCUCAACGAGCUGGAGGAGAUCCUGGACGUCAUCGAGCCGUCAGAGUUUGUUAAGGUCAUGGAGCCGCUCUUCAGACAGCUGGCCAAGUGUGUGUCCAGCCCCCACUUUCAGGUAGCGGAGCGAGCUCUGUACUACUGGAACAAUGAGUACAUUAUGAGUCUGAUCAGUGACAAUGCCGCCAAGAUCCUGCCAAUCAUGUUCCCGGCCCUUUACCGCAACUCCAAGACCCACUGGAACAAGACCAUCCACGGGCUGAUCUACAACGCUCUGAAACUCUUCAUGGAGAUGAACCAGAAGCUCUUUGAUGACUGCACCCAGCAGUUCAGGGCAGAGAAGAGCAAAGAGAAAGCUAAAUGGAAGGAGAGAGACGAAUCGUGGCUGAAGAUUGAGAAUCUCGCAAAGUCAAACCCACAGUUUAUGACGUACGUUGACUCAGUGGGCUCAGGCAGUCCAAUGGACAUGGAGACAGACGGACCCCUGCUGGACGAUGUCAACAUGCUAAAGAAAGCAGUCGUGGAGGAAGCGACACAGAUCCAGAAAGACCAGAGGAGAGAGCGCCCAUUGAUGCGAAGGAAAUCCGAGCUCCCCAGGGACAUCUGCACGGUCACGGCCCUGGAGCUGCACCGGAGAGCCGAUGAGAUCAUGACCACGCACGACGGCCACUGAGAGACCCCCCCCCCCCGGGAUCCACCAUAAACCAGCAGCAGCAUCCACAGAGGAACCCCAGGCCCAAGGCGGGCCCGCACAAUGACAAGACAUCUGGCAUCUCAGUCCAGCCCAGCACAACACAGAAGUGAAACAGUCCCUGCUCCCCCCCCGACACAGAAAAUGUGUAAAGCCCAUCGAGGGCCUGAUUCAGCUUUCAGACAAGCGGCGCCCUGUCCCUACUGAUCCCUGCCCCACCCACCCCACCUGGUGGUUGUCCAGCAGAGACGUCCCUGGACGCUCCCGCACGACCACGACACGCACCUUGAACUUCACCCCCAAGACACUGUGUCCUUCUCUCCUCUCCUUCUGUUGUUCUCUCUCUUUUUUGUCCUGUCCUCUCAACCUGUUGUGUUUUCCGGGGUGCUGUGCUGCCCCCUUCUGGUCAUUUCUCUCAGGUGUUCUGUUCUCUGUAUGCGUGCGUGUGAGCUGUCUUCUCUUCUUGCCUCUUCUUUAUAGAUGUCAGGUGCUUGUACAAAUUAAAACGUACUUCUUUGGUUUAUUUAAAAGAAAAAAAAUGCAUCAUCUGAUGAAAAAAUGACGGUUGUUUCUAUAAACUAAAUAAUAGCUACUCUAAUAACAUAACGCUCUUUAUAUAUAUAUUUUUUCCGACAUAGUAUAUUAGGAGCUUCACAUUAAAACACACUUCCCAUCUGUACAGCUCCUCAGUACGGCAUUUUAAAUUUUUUUCUCGUUUGCUGUGAGGAUUAAUUGAUUGGUCUGUUAAUCAUAUGUAUGUUCCUGCGCAGAAGCGUCACUCGGUGCAAACUUCUCUCAAUAAUUCAGCUCCUGUAUUUAAGAAAAACAAUCCUUUUAAUUGUGUAGGCAAUAAGUCAGCAUGGGCCGUGGCGCGUGUCCGGAAGUUGCUUCGUGUUCAAUCUGUCGUCGGGAUGAGUCCGGCUCAGGCCCGGCUUUGCAGCAACAGUUGCAUGAGAGGGGGGCAGAUUGUGGGAUUUAUUUUGGGCUCCGCGUUCGUGUUCAGCUAUUGCAGGAGCGCGUGUUCCACGGCCAUCAGCAUUCAGUACAAGUCACUGUCAUUCAUGUGAGGCUAAGGAGAGGUCAGAGUC